AACAGCCAGGCGCAUUUCUACAACCGCGGGCGGUAUAAAAGCCCGGAUGACAGAGGGAGAGAUUCAGUGGGUUUCGAACUCUCGUCAUGAUGAAGUACAGCGUCUUUGCAGCCAUUGUGUCCAUAGCUAUAGCAACGCCAAUUACGUGGAAAGAUGAUUAUUAUUCAGAUAUAAGUUGCCCCAUGCCCUACCAAGCCGUGGGAGGUCGAUGCCUCUUGCUUGACACUCUGGAUGUGGGCACGUGGCAUGACACGAGGAACUUCUGCCACGGAUACCAGGGCGAGUUGGCGCAGAUCGACUCGGCUGACCUGCUGACGGCGGUCGUGGACUUCAUUCACAGUCAAGGGCUGACCGGAAGCGACUUCUGGAUCGGCGCAAACAACGAGGCGGAGGAGGGCGUCUGGCAGUGGCCCGACGGGAGCGGCGUCCACAUGGGCACGCCCUUCUGGGGGUACUGGACCUCCCCGCCCAGGAGCCAACCGACGGCGCGGGCUCCGAAUACGCCUGCAUGCUCUCGAAGCAUUUCUAUUACUUCCAUGAUUGCCACUUCGGUGAACUUUCUCCUUUGUGUGAAUAUAGACUCUCCCCGUUUCAUCUGCCAGCUGACAGACAAAAAUACGAAGGCCAUUGAGUUCUCAGGAAUUAGAUUUGUUAAGUCAAACGAGGGCUCUGAGCUUCGUUUCUCAGUGUUGCCAACACUUAUACUUUUAUUCGAGUCGUCAAACAUGAGGUUCAAAGAACUAUGUAAUGAUUCUACCUCAUUUGACGUGCCAUAA